UAUUUACGUUUUAUUUACUAUUUUCAUUUCUCGAAUGUCGGUUAUCAUAAUAAUAUGCUACUAUCAAUCCCUAUUCAUGUUAUUAUCACUGAAUCAGUCAUUACUCAUUAUAAUAUGGGACUCUCACAAUAUUCAGAUUGCGCAACACGUUGUGACACAUUCAGUCGUCAAUGAUAAUAUUAUUAAAAUUGAAAAAUUGUAAAAUAUAGUGUAUUAGUGUAAUAUGAAUAUAUCUAUAUAGAAUAAAGAUUUAAGAUAAUUAAAAAUUAAAAUUGCUCUUUAAUCUCAACUGUCGAGGCAUAAAGUCUUUAGACCGGGCCAAUAAUAAAAUAUAGUCAAUGAUUUAAAUAAUUAAAUGCUUUGAAUUAUAAUUUAGUUAAUUACAUACACAAUAAUGGAUUUAUUUGCAAUUUAUUUAGCCCACAGUUUACAGUGAUUGGUCAACCAAUGUUAUAAUAAUAAUAUCUUGUUCAUAUUUUAUCUCAUUGAAAAUUCUAUGCCAUCAUGAUGUUAAGUACUGUAUUUUUGUUGAGUUUGUGUGUGGCGACAUGUUUUACUACUUCAAUAGCCGACAACGAUUGGACAUUCACUUUUAACAAUACAAAUAUUGGAGAGUUGGAAAUGGGCAGCAGUACUAAUAUAGUAUUCUACGCACAGACAAAUACAACCUGGGAGGACGAAGAUUUACGACUUCAAGUAAUCAGUUCUGAUGAAGAUGUAGCAUAUCCUAGUAAACAUUUUUUUAAAUUACCCCAAAAUAAUUCAAUGCCGGCAAGUUUAUGGGAAAAUUCCUUUAAUUUAACUUCCGAGUUUCUUGGGUAUGCAAAAUUAUACCUUCAAGUAGUAAAAUUUGAAAAUAAUACAAUAAGUGUUUUAAAUUCAAGCCAAGAUCACAUGAACAUCAAAGUAAUUCGAAAACCACAAUUGAUUGAUAAGAUAUUUGUCAUUUGUGUCGCCGUUUUGAUGACUAUUAUAUUUAUUAACUUAGGAUGUGCUCUAGAUGUUGAUCAACUUAAACAGUGUGUUAGAAAACCAAUUGCUCCUGCAGUUUCAUUUUUUGCUCAGUUUCUAAUCUUACCAAUAUUAAGUUUUAUUUAUGCCAAGCUAAUAUUUCCAAAUUCAGUUCCAAUGCAAUUGGGCUUGUUUUUUACAGGAAUAAGUCCUGGAGGUGGCGCAUCUAGUGUGUGGUCUCUUCUUUUGGGUGGUAAUAUCAACCUCAGCAUUGUCCUGACAACUGUUGGAACCCUGGAAUCAUUUAUUAUGAUACCAUUUUGGAUUAUCUUUCUUGGUACACGUAUCUUUACUGUGGGUGAAAUGCCUGUACCGUAUUCCCGAAUUGGAUUCUCUAUUAUUGCAUUAAUUAUUCCUUUGUGUAUCGGGUAUUGUAUUCAGCGUUUUAUGCCUAGAGUAAGUCGAGUUAUGACACGUAUACUGAAGCCAAUGUCUAGUUGUUUGAUAAUAUUUAUAAUUAUCUUUGCCACAGUCACUAACUUAUACCUGUUCAAAAUAUUUUCUUGGAAAAUUAUUUUAGCAGGUGCAGUGAUACCAUGGACAGGUUAUUUAAUAGGGUUUUUAACAUCUAUCUUUGCACGUUUAUCUACACCAGACAUAAUAUCUAUGACAGUCGAAUCUGGUAUACAAAACACUGGUAUUGCCAUAUUCAUGUUAAAAUUUUCUCUAGGACAGCCAGCUGCAGAUAUAACAACUGUUAUACCAGUUGCUGUUGCAUUAAUGACACCCAUUCCCUUAUUAAUGUGUUUUAUUAUUAAAAAAUGUUUUGGAAAAAAGGAUGGGAUAGUAAAUAAUCAAGAUCCAGCAACUGAAUCAAUGCUAGACAAAAAAGAAUGUGAAGUUCCAUCUGCAAAUUCUGAGAAUGAAAAUAAUCAAGCGUGAAUAUAACCAAUAAGACUGUUAUAAUAUCACACAGUUAGUUAAUCUGUUAAAUUUUAUCUUCAAUUAUACGGAUUGUAAAUGUUUUUUUUUUAUUAUAAGAAAAAUGUGUAUUUAAUAUUUUAAUUAAAUAACACAAGAGAGUAUUUUAUACGAUUAAAA